CCUUAGUCUCAUCUCAUCUUUUUCUUCUCUCUCUAGCUCUUUCUUUUUCUCUUUCUGUAAGCUUACUUAUCAUCUUUUUCUUGUGUCGAGCCUUCUACUUUUCAUUAAAUUUUCUAUACUUUACCUGGUAAAGUUUACCAUUCAAUCAAAAUAUGGCCACCAUACCUAGUCGUAGUGAUUUUAUUGUUGGUUCCAAAUAUCGUUUAGUUAGAAAAAUAGGUUCUGGUUCCUUUGGUGAUAUAUACCUUGGAAUUAAUGUUACUAAUGGUGAAGAAGUUGCCGUUAAAUUGGAAUCAAUUAAAGCAAGACAUCCUCAGCUUCUCUACGAAUCUAAAUUAUAUAGAGUAUUGGCUGGUGGAGUAGGCAUCCCACAUAUACGAUGGUAUGGCCAAGAACGAGAUUACAAUGUCCUAGUAAUGGAUCUCUUAGGUCCUUCAUUAGAGGAUUUAUUCAAUUUCUGCUCCCGUCGUUUUACUAUGAAAACUGUUCUCAUGCUUGCUGAUCAAAUGAUAGGAAGAAUUGAGUUCGUGCACAACAAGAAUUUCAUUCAUAGGGAUAUUAAACCUGAUAAUUUUCUUAUGGGAAUAGGUCGUCAUUGUAAUAAAUUGUUUCUCAUUGACUUUGGUUUGGCAAAAAAAUAUAGAGAUAGCCGAUCUCGGCAACAUAUUGCUUAUCGAGAAGACAAAAAUUUGACGGGUACAGCUCGGUAUGCCUCAAUAAACGCUCAUCUCGGAAUUGAGCAAAGUCGUCGAGACGACAUGGAAUCUUUGGGCUAUGUGCUGAUGUAUUUCAAUCGAGGGUCACUACCGUGGCAAGGUCUCAAGGCAGCCACUAAAAAACAAAAGUAUGAAAAAAUCUCCGAAAAAAAGAUGUCAACAUCUAUUGAAAUGCUAUGUAAAGGUUUCCCAGCCGAGUUUUCUAUGUAUUUGUCAUAUUGUCGAGGCUUACGAUUUGAGGAGGCACCCGAUUAUAUGUAUCUUCGUCAACUAUUCCGCAUACUAUUUCGUACCUUAAACCACUCAUAUGAUUAUAUUUUCGAUUGGACAAUGUUGAAGCAGAAAGCCGCUGCCACCAUAGCUGGAACUUCUUCAUCGCAAAAUGUAGCUGCAACCGGGGCCACAGGCGGCCGUUAACUGUUUGAAGGAGAAUCAAAUCUGUAAUCUGCUUAAUGACACUUGAAUCCAAUGUUACCAUGUAUAAAAAAACAUAAUUGUAUUCAACACAAUUGUAACCACUCUCAACCCCUCUGACUAUCUAUCAAUAGUCACUAGGAAAAAACACUAUGUGCUUCAGCUCAUUUUGGCAGAUUUCGAAAUUACAUCAACAAUAAUCAUCAAAAACAAAACUAAAACCAGUGAGCACGCAUCUUCAUCAUCAUAAUCAUCGUUACCUUCAUCAUACUUAUCAUCAAACUACAACAAACCAACAACAACCAACAACACCAAGCAAACAAACAACUUUAAGUUUGAAUGUUUUUUCUCUUCAUUUCUAUUUUCUCUCACUUUUCUUUUGAGAGCGAUUAAACGCUUUUCAAGAUAACAAAUCACAUAAUCUUUUCAUUUUAUCAUCACCCUUUCUUUCGAUUCUUCCCUUCUCUACCCUCCUCAGUCUCUGUCUUUCUUUUUUCUCUGCCGGUCACCAUAAACAUCACAUUUUCAUCUUCAUUACCAUCUUCAUCAUGAUCAUCUUCACCAUCACCGUCAUUAUCAUCAUAAUUAUAAAUAUGGAUCCUAAUUUUUGAACACAUUUCUUAAAUUUGAGAAAAGUGUUUCAAUUACCAAAACUAGAUAAUAAAUGAAAUACAAAAAAAAACCUAAAUUAUUAUUAUUAUUAUCAUAAUUACGAUGAUGAUGAUGGUGAUGGUGAUUAUUAUUAUUAUUGCUUAUUAUACUUGUUUUCUCUUUUGGCUGUUGCCAUAAAUAAUAAUAAUAAUUCUG